AUGUUAGAGAUGAAGAACCUCUGUCGUGAAGUGUGGACUUGGAAUCGAAAAAAAGAGAUGAGUUUGAUCGAAGAUUGUCUAAGAAAUCACCGUUUCAUUGCAAUCGAUACGGAGUUUCCAGGUUCGUUGCGAGAAACUUGUAAAGACGCGACAGAUUACGAACGCUACAACAACAUGAGAUUCAGCGUCGAUAAGACAAAACUGAUCCAGUUAGGUCUUACUCUGUUCGACACAGAGGGAAGAAUCGGCGGUACUUGGGAAAUAAACUUCUCUGAUUUUGGUGAAAUUGACGAUGCGAGAAACGAGAAAUCCAUCGAGUUCCUCAAACGCAACGGUCUAGAUCUAGAGAAGAUCAGAGAACAAGGGAUUAGCAUUCAAGGUUUUUUCUCCGAGUUUCGUCGGAUUCUGAAACGGACGAUGAAUGUUACUUGGGUCACGUUUCACGGAUCUUACGACAUCGCUUAUUUACUCAAAGGCAUCACCGGAGAAUCUUUACCGGUGACUUCAGAGAGAUUCGCGGAAGCGUUGGCGAGAGCUCUCGGUUCGGUUUACGAUUUGAAAGUAAUGGCUGGUCGAUUUAUAGGACUUAGUAGCCAUCUCGGUCUUCAGAAAGGUUAUGUUUAUGGACUUGGAUACAGAAUUCUGUCACACCGUUUGAAGCAAGAGCUAGUCACGGUGCGUCAAAGGGCUCAGUUGCAUAUUAACCAUGUCAUGAAGACAAGAUGCUAUGGACCGCCUUCGCCUUUUCUUCCACCGAUGCCGCAGCCAAGGCCGAUGUUUGUUGCUGGUUUUCCGCCUUUUGGUGGGUUCGACAUGAGGCCGAGAGUCUCCAUGUAUUAA